AUGGAUUACGCGCAGCCUCAAGCACAUUCUUACGGCCAGCAUCCGCAGGCGCCGCACAUGCAGGCUUACUCCAACGCGCAACAGAGUCCAACAAUUACAUCUCCACCUAGCCAACCGCCGCACAUGCAGCAUCAGACACAGGCUUCCACCAUUCUGCCCUCUCAAGGACAUUCAUACCCGACGCAGCAACCACCUCAGGCAAACCACACGGGCCUCAACUAUCCUCAGUCGUAUGUUGGUCAGCCAAACAUGCAUCAACCGUACAACAUCACGCCCGGCCAAGCAGCAGCUAUGGCUACCGCAGCCGCGUCAGGGCAGCAGAGUUAUGGCUACCCGAUGCCUCAGACUUCGAUGGCUGGAUCACCGCGGAUGGGAGGUAUCGCUGUUAAAAAUGAGCGAACACCACGGUCACCACCGCAAGUGCCGAAUACGAUGGGACCUCUACCUUCGCAGGUCUCUCAAAACCACAGGAUGUCCCAAGGUCAUAUGGGACACUCUGUCAGCAGCCCACACGGCCAGAGCGCGCAAACAGUGAUGAUGGGCCACCAGCCUCCACGAAAUUCUGUCCCUCCUCAGAUGCCGCCACCUCCACAGCAUCAGCAUCAGCAACACCACGCGGCUUCUCCUGAAGCGGGGCCUACAGGUGCCGAAGAAGCGCCGCUUUAUGUAAACGCCAAACAAUUCCAUCGGAUCCUGAAGCGACGCGUGGCUCGUCAGAAGUUGGAAGAGGCACUUCGGCUCACCUCAAAGGGCCGUAAGCCAUAUCUGCAUGAGUCGAGACAUAAACAUGCGAUGCGGCGGCCAAGGGGACCUGGGGGAAGAUUUCUAACUGCCGAGGAAGUUUCGCUCAUCGAAAAAGGCGAAGGCGGAGAGCUGCAGAAGUAUGCUCCCAAGGUUCUGGAGAACCUGAACAACCAGGAAUCCGACACCUCAGGGCCAGCCAAAUCGAGUGAUUCUGCUGGGUCCAAGAGGAAAUCGGGCGCUCUUGACGAUGAUGAGAGCACCCCUCCAAUCAAGAAGGCCAAGGUCGAACCGGCUAAGGACACACCGAGCGGCGAGAGCGAAGAGGCGGAUGAAGAGGACGAGGGCGAUGAUGAAGCAUAA